AUGAGGAUUCACUCGAGAGUGGAAGCACAUGAGCCUUACUUUCAACAAAAAAGAAAUUCUGCUGGCAAAUUAGGUUUAUCAUCACUUCAGAAAAUCACUGUAGCACUACGAAUUUUGUGUUAUGGGGUAGCAGUUGAUUUCUUGGAUGAAUAUAUACGAAUUGGAGAAACCACAACUAUAAAAAGUCUAAGGUAUUUUGUUCAAUCAAUCAUUGAUAUUUUUGGUCCUGGAAUGUUGCCAAUCAUUGUUCUACGAAAACCAAACUCAGAGGAUAUUGCAAGAUUACUUCAAAUUGGCAAAGUUCGUGGUUUUCCAAGAAUGUUGGGCAGCAUCGAUUGUAUGCAUUGGAGGUGGAAAAAUUGUCCAACCGCAUGGAAAGGGUCACAUAAUGAUAUUAAUGUCCUAGAACGAUCUCAUGUAUUUUAUGAAAUAACAAGUGGUGAGGGUUAUCCCGUUGACUACUCUAUCAAUGGUCACAACUACAAUAUGGGGUAUUAUCUAGCUGGUGGUAUAUAUCCCCCAUGGACCAAACAUUUUACUGCUGCUCAAGAAUCUGCAAGAAAAGACGUUGAACGCGCAUUUGGUGUGCUCCAGGCUAGAUUUGCAAUUGUCCGUGGUCCAGCACGAUAUUUUGAUCGUGACACACUUAAUAAGAUAAUGAUGGCAUGUAUUAUUAUGCACAAUAUGAUCGUGGAGGACGAACGUGAACUUCAUCCACAACCAGAUAUCUCUGAAUAUGAACAAAUCUCUACAAGUCCUCUUGUUGCAGUCGUAUCACGCACUCAAACUCCAGAACUUAUGAAUUUUAUUCAAUCGCUUCACAAAAUCAGAGAUAGAGCAGUGCAUAACCAACUUCAAGAAGAUCUAGUGGAACAUCUAUGGAAUACAUACAGCGAGUCAUAA